CCCUCGGAAACACCGGCCGGGCCGGAACGCUCCGACCGCCCCGCGGCACCGGGCGGAGCUCGGGCAGCUCCAGGCUGCGGGCACCGGGACACCGGGCACGAGGUGCGGGGCAAUGACGGAUCGCGGAUUUCCAGGAGGUGCUCGGCGAACCCACGGUGGCUCUGGGCAAACUCCGCGAUCUCUGCUUCAGCGGAAUCCCGUUUGAUGGAGGGCUGCGCUGCCUCUGCUGGAAGAUCCUGCUCAACUACCUCCCCUUAGAGCGGGCCCUAUGGAGCUCGUUGCUGAAGAAGCAGAGGGAGCUGUAUUCCCAGUUCCUAAAAGAAAUGAUUAUUCAGCCUGGGAUCGCCAAAGCCAACCUCGGUGUCUCAAGGGAAGAUGUGACCUUAGAGGAUCAUCCCCUCAAUCCAAACCCAGACAGCCGAUGGAACACUUACUUCAAGGAUAACGAAGUGCUCCUCCAGAUAGACAAAGACGUCAGGAGGCUGUACCCCGACAUGGCAUUCUUCCAGCGCCCAACUGACUACCCCUGCCUCUUAAUCCUGGACCCCCAGAAUGAGUUUGAAACGCUGCGUAAGCGGGUGGAGCAGACCACGCUGAAGUCACAGACGGUGGCACGGAACCGCAGCGGGGUUACAAAUGUGAGCUCCCCUCUUAAAUCGUCUCCUAACUCUCUGAGUGAGUACGAAGUUCUGCCCAAUGGCUGUGAAGCUCACUGGGAAGUGGUGGAGCGAAUCCUUUUCAUCUAUGCCAAGCUGAACCCCGGGAUAGCCUACGUUCAGGGGAUGAAUGAAAUAGUGGGGCCCCUUUACUACACCUUUGCUACAGAUCCUAACAGCGAGUGGAAAGAACACGCUGAAGCUGACACGUUUUUCUGCUUUACCAACCUAAUGGCUGAAAUUCGGGACAACUUCAUUAAGAGCUUGGAUGAUUCUCAGUGUGGUAUAACCUACAAAAUGGAGAAGGUCUAUUCCACCCUGAAGGAAAAGGAUGUGGAGCUGUAUUUGAAGCUGCAAGAGCAGAACAUCAAGCCCCAGUUCUUCGCCUUCCGCUGGCUGACGCUGCUCUUGUCCCAGGAGUUCCUGCUGCCAGAUGUCAUCCGGAUCUGGGACUCCCUCUUUGCUGACGAUAAGCGCUUCGAUUUUCUGCUUCUCGUGUGUUGUGCCAUGUUGACACUAAUCCGGGAUCAAUUGCUGGAAGGAGACUUCACUCUCAACAUGAGGCUGCUACAGGAUUAUCCUAUAUCUGAUGUUCACCUAAUUUUGAAGAAGGCCAAGGAACUGCAGGAUUCCAAAUAGUCCAUGAGCCUGACUAAAGGUGUUGGAGAAACUGUAUGGCAGAGGAUCUUAGGAGAUGGCCCUGUGUGAUGCAUUGAAACUCCUAGGGAUCUCUGCAGGACUUCAGGUUUUGCAUUUGGGCUACUGGCCACCUUGAAGACUUCCUUCUCUAUUUAUUAGGUCAAGGACUGAUUACUUCCCAUCUGCUCGGGUCCUGCACUCCAGAUUUUUCAACUCUCAAAUGCCUCUGUGCUGUCAAAAGCAGUUCUUUGUAUCUUUUUUAAUGACUUUAUGUGGAGAAAGAAACCACCUAUCUGCAUAUCAAGGGGUGGAUUCCUUCUGCAUCAUGAAAGUAGCUCACGUGGAGUUCCUUCUGAUGGGGAAGGAACAGUCUGGAUCCAGUAGAUUUUGGUGGGUGAGUGUAGAAGGAUCUUCCUCCUGUGAACAGAAUGUAUCCCAAGGACGUCACACGUUCUGCCAUUCAAGUAGCUUCUGGAUUCUUCUCCCUCAUACCUGCACUUAGCUGUCCCUGGGGCGUGCAAAAAAAGAAGGCUGUGUCAGCUUCUGGUGCACGUCACCUGGCAUCCAGCAGUUUGGACCCCUUCUCAUGAGAAAAAACCUCGAGGAACUGUGAUGGGAAGAUGUGAUAACAGCUGGCAGCUUUGUGCACUGAAACUGCCUGCAUCGCCUUACCAUAGAGAUCUCCUGGAAAGCAGGCUGUAAUGGUUUUCAUCUAUGAGUGAAGUGUAAUUUGAAGUCAAGCCUUAUUACGCUAAGCCUUAGAGCAGGAGUUCAUUGCUGCAGGGAGGCUGGGGCCUCAGGCUGCUUUCCUGGCUCGAACUGGAGCAUAUCUAGCUGCAAUCAGGAUUCUGAAACACAAGAAAUGGGCAUCUAGUUGCAUGAAUACAGCCCUACUGAAGGACUUACACAGGCACAGCGCAGGGGUUUCCUGCCUCAGUGGCUUGCAUAGGAUAUUACCCUGCAUAAGCUCUGGUCAUGGUAAUCUUGAUAUUGUCCAAUAGCACUUCUUGACUGGAGCAAACACGUUACAGGUCUGACCUACAAGAAAGAGGCCUUUCAUGAUGUAAUCCAGUGGGCAUACAAGCAUUUCAGUCAUUAGCUGACUCCUAAUCCACAUUUCUGUGCACCAGUGCGACUGGAGUGACAACUGUGAGCUGGACACUUGUCCCUCCUGAGGGCAGAACUGCUGCAUUUCAAUACAGUACUACAGGCUCAGGUGGGCAUUGAGAACUGUUAACCUGCCAGUUGUGUUGAGCUGAUCAGAAACCAAAAGCCACAAGGAGAGAAACUGCCAGCAUCCUGGUGCUCGGGUUGUGCAGGAGCUCUCGAGUGAACACUAAUCCACAAUGCUUUAUCCUUCUGUGCUGCACUGGCUCGUUUCUGUGCAGCUGUUCAACACUGCAGUCUUCAGUAUUUAUGGGUAUUGAUUUGUUAAAGGUCAGUCAUCUGCUUAAGCUGCUGAUGGCCUCAGUGUUCCUAAGGAGAGGGGUGUCAUGUUGUCAGCCUUCGGUUCUACCUGUAUUGCUUCCUUCAGGGACGGCCGCCUCUUUGCAGGCUGCUGUCAUUUUAUAAGGCUGGACAGGUUGGUGCACGCACCUCUCUUCUUGUUAGCAAUCCCAAGCAAAGUCUGCCUGUAUGGAAGAUGCUGGUGCAGCCAGUGUCACUGCAAUGAUGAAACAAGAGCAGCUGAAAGCUUAGAACAAUGUAAUCAGUACCUAUGGCUAACAGCAUCUUCCUCUGCUGCAAUCCUUCCUAUAGGGCAGGGUUUUCCUCCAAGAAGAAUGAAAGGGACGACGUCCUCUGAAACACUUUUUCUCCCAAAGUAAUGCUGUAGCUCUCUCACAUUCCAUGCAGUCUCCUCAUGCUGCAUAGAAGUGCUUCCUUUAUGUUUGCUCUCUGCUGGGUGAGCAUCAGUGAGGGUUCCCACUCUGAAUAACCACAAUUCUUAUGACUUGGCCACUGCGGGAGGACCCCAGCGUGUGGAUGCUCUGCAGCACUGCAGUGACAGCCACCUCCUCCUUUCAAGGUGUCACAGGGCUUAUGUUGUGCUGUUCUCUUUGGGGAGGGUGAUGGGGAGCACUUUGAAAAGGAUUUUGCAGUGGGAUGAGAGCUUUGGCUGCUGGAAGGGUUUUGUGGGAUACAUUCUGCAGCUUUAUCCAGGUGGGCCUCUGUUAAUUGGAGUUUACUGGGGAGAACUCAUAACAACUUUGAUGCGCCCCAGCAGGCUGAAUCCUACAUGAAGAGCUGUUGUACGUCUCUCCUCAGCCCCUCCUGUGUGUAGGCCUUUAUUCUGCUGCUGCAAAGGGCUUUGAAGGAGCUGCUCUACUUGGCAGUGAUGUUCAUUCUUCUGAGGCUUCGUUUCUUUAAGAGCAAAGAUGGAGGGGAGAAAAAGUCCUGUCACCAGCUUCUGAAUCUCCUCAUUAGUUUCCAUGCCUUCAUUCCUCAAAAGCUGUUGGUGACAAUGAUUUUACUUGCCUUUGUUUGAGUUCAGGAAGCUGUGGUCCUGCUUCUCCGCCCUGCAGGAGGGCUGCUGCCUUCCCCUUACUGUAGCCUGGACGUCUGGAAGUUUGGCUUUGGUGAGGAGGUGGAAAGGAGAGGACAGAGGAGAUGGAGUCUGUGAUGAUGGUCACACAGAGCACAGGUUGUUUGAGUUCUGUGACCUAACACAGUUGUUCAUCCUUGGGCAGUGAGGGCUGAAGGCCAGAAGGUGGUUUGGUGAUUCUGUGGUUAAGCAGAGGGUUUUUUCCUCAUGUCAGAGAUUGGAUCCCACCACUUUGCGUCCUUCCUUUCCCAGCAGGUUGAGGAGCUCACUGGGUGGUACAUCGGAAUAACACUUACUUGUGCUUUUGUUUUUACCUUGGCUGGAAAGAAUCACCAGAACAGGGUCUAGAGAGGAAAAACACUUCAUCACUCUGAGACGACUUUUAUGCUUCUUUUUAAACACUAUUUUUAUAAAGCUCCCUUUAGCUCAGCAGGCAGCUGCAUGUGGGCAUUCAGGCUGUGCUCGGGGCGAAGCUCAACCUUCCUCAGGGCAUUUGGGGCCUGAGCUGUGCUGGCUCCAUUGCCCCAUGUAUGCAGUGAUCAGUGCGAGUCCUGCAGCGCUGCCUGCUCAACUUCUGCUCUUUCCUUUUGUACUUUAACCCCUUAUUAUGAGACCCUCCGCGUCUCUGAUUUAACGCUGUUGUUGAGUUGUCCAAAUAAAAUGGUUUCUUUGCA